GGGCUCUCCGCGCCGGGCCGUACCAAGAGCCGGGGGAGGCGGUGCCGGCGGAGCCGCGCCCCCCGCAACCACUCCCGCCGGAGGGGCGGGGUCCCCAGAUCGCCCCCCCGGCCGACCGCGUCUGGGGCCAUCCUCCUCGCCUUCUGGCCCGGGGUCCGAGCUGCGCGGGCGGCGCGGCGGGUGAGCCGGGCCCUGGCCUCCCCCAUCCUUCUCGAGAGAAUGGUCGCGUCCUCGGCGCUCUUUGCUACCAGGGUGGCCGAGGCUGUUUGGGGCGCUCUCCGGGCCCAGUGUGACUGGGCAUCCGGGGACCGCCAGGCCAGCGGGUUCCUGCCCUCCCCAGAUUCAGCAGCAGCAGCAGCAUGAAGACUUCUGUAGAGCUCACCAUCAAUGGGAUUCAGGCCCUCCAGCUGCAGCACAAAGGCCGAGGUGGCUACCGGGUCAAGUCCAGCACCUCCUACGUGGAUGAGACUUUGUUUGGCAGGCCUUCGGGGGCUCGGCCAGACCCACCUGAGUUUGACCCACCUUGGGCAGAAAAGGCCAGAUCUGGGAAGGCUGUGCUAUUGAUCCCUAAUUCUGAGAGUGCAAAAUGGAACCUUGAUUCGGACCCAACCAAAGGCAGGAGCAGUACCCCUCCUCAAACCCCCAGGAAGAAAAAUAAAUACAGGCUCAUCCGGCGCACACCAUCCUACUGUGAUGAGACUCUCUUUGGCUCACGAGACGAGGAACCCACCUGGGAGGCACCGUGGAUGAAGAAGGAAGACGCUGCAAAGCUCCGGCCCCUCCUUUGGACCCCACCAUCAGCGCCCUGGGCUAGUCGCUCACCCCGUCCCAAGGAGACCCCAUUGCGGGCCAUUCACCCUGUGGCUUCCUCUGAGCCAAAGAACAGGAGCAAGUCAGACAUUUGGCAGAGGCCCUUGGAUGGGUUGGAUUCCCCAGGCUCCCUCAAGAGGGGGUGCUCCCGAUCACUCACCCACCUGAAUGCCUCUCCUGUGAAGCACUCCCUUGCCACCAGUCCCUCCCACCAGAGGGGGCAACGGCAAGCUUGGGCUCAGACAGCUGCAGUGACCUUCCGGAGUCCUCUGGUGACCCCCAGGGCUCAUUCCAUCAGCCUCUCAGAACCAGCUACUCCCCGGAAGUAUCUGGCCACCCCAAAGCCAAAGCCACCCUGGAAGUGAUUUGGGACCCUUGCCUCCAUGUCAACCCUGGGAGCACAGACUGGGACAGGGCAUGGACUUGUGCCAGGCUUUAAUCUUAUCCCAGCCUAGGGAGCCCCCCGUCCUUGAGAAGAGCCCUGACUCAUUCACAUGCAUAUGCACCAUCUGCCCUAGGAGGAUUGGUGCAUAGACCCCAUCCUUUGGAAGAAAUGUUCCUCUUCCUCCUUCUACCUUGUUCCCUUGUCCAUAGCUGGAGGAGAUCACCAUGCCACCCAAUAAACUCUACUGUUGCCAACCCAUGGAGAAGAUAGUCUUCUCUCUCUCCUUUCAGUGUUUCCAGUCCAGAAUUCGUGCCAUUUGGGUUAUAUCAAGACAAAGGGUGACUCUUCCCAUCAAAACUUCUGGGGCACUGAGGCAUUCAUGUCCACUUGGGGCCAUGAAGUCUUUGGAGAGAAGGUUCUCCUAAGCCCUGGGUGUCACUGGCCUACACAUGCAGGCCUCAACAAGGCAUGGAGUGGGAACCCUUAGUGCUAGAAGGGUCCCAGGUUCUACCUCUGCCAGAAUCAUGGUGACAGCGUUAAGAGUGGGAAGGGAGCUCAUUAGCCAUUUUGGCCAACCGAUCCUGGACAGAGAAUGCUCUCCGCACCAUGCCCCAUAGGCUGUCCCGUGCUGAGGGGGCCUGGGCUGCUCUGAGAAUGGGGCCAAUGAAGUCCAGAGAGGCCCUUGGCCUGUGAUUAGGUCUCUCCUACUAAGAAAAACAAGGAGGUUGCAAUAUGUGUUAGUCAAGGGUGUUUCUUCAUGGCCCCUUAAAGUAUUAAAAUAUAUAUAUGUGCGGAUG